CAGGCGCUCAAGGUGGGAGCGCCAGCCUAUCGCGCCGCGGGACGCCGGAAGAGGACGGGCCAAGAUGCCGGCGGACCGGGCGGUGUGGGAGCGCGUGCGAAGUCGGCUGCGCUCGAUCCCCGAGCGCCUGGCGGCCUGCGGGGCGGAGGCCGCGGCUUACGGCCGGUGCGUGCGGGCGUCCACGGCCCCGGGCGGCCGCCUCGGCAGGGACCUGUGCGUGCGCGAGUUCGAGGCCCUGAGGAGCUGCGUGGCGGCCGCGGCCAGCAGGACGCCGCCCGCCGCUUCCCCGCGCGUGGACCCGCGGACCCCGCCUCGACCCCUGCCGUGCGCCGCGACCACUUGUACCAAUAAAUGA